AUGGCGAGCUCGAAGGGAGCCGUGUCUCGCUUGUUAGUAAAACAACGGGCAAGUCUAAUUCGUGACUUGGAUGUGGACAGAAUUUUACCUCGCUUGGUGAGAAAAGGUGUAUUUACCGCUGUAGAAGAGAAAGAGAUUUUGUCGCGCGGUGAACAGAGAGCAGAAACUGAAUUAUUCCUUGACUUUCUUGAGCGCAAAGAUGCGACGGCCUUCCGCGAGUUUUGUUCAAGUUUGGAAGAUUAUCACCCUUCUCUUUUGACCAGAUUUUUGCUAGACAACCCUGAGCCUAGUGCAGAGGACCAGACUCCGACACAGGCGCUUCAGCUAGGUUUUGAACUCGCGCUAAAGGAGCGAGAUGAGGUCCUGCGGGAGAAGUCCCGGGCGCUAGAGGAGCGCGACCAGGCGCUGCGCCAGGUGCAGCAGAUGCGAGAGGAGCGAGACAAAGCAGUGGCAAGUCUCGAGACAACGGCAGGGAAAGCUGCUAAAAACAACAGCACGAAAAACAAUAUAGACUCAAGUACAUCCACACUGGACUCCAGAGGACGAUCUCCAAACAGGAAAAGUCGUGAGAAACUCCACAACAUGGAGAGUGACGGGGAAGUGGAAGAGGUAGGAGACAAUGUUAUCUGGGAGACGCACAAGAUCCUGCUGGCCAGGGUCCCAGGCUUCGGCUUCGGCAUCGCUAUCAGCGGUGGACGGGACAACCCACAUUUUGCUAACGGUGAUCCGUCCAUCGCCAUCUCUGAUGUGCUCAAGGCGGGGCCAGCAGAGGGCAAACUACAAAUUAAUGACCGGGUGUUGUCUGUGAACGGGAUUUCCCUGGACAAUGUGGACCAUGCGACGGCGAUAGCGGUGAUGAAGGGGUGUGACCAGGCCAUCAAUCUGGUCAUUCGACGACGCGUUGUCUUACCCUCAAGCUCAGACGAUGAGACCCUUCCGCUCAAAGUUACGCUGAGCAAAAAGCACAGGAAAGAUGAAUAUGGCGUGGUCCUCGGCUGUAAGUAUUUCAUCAAAGAGAUUAGGGGGAACAGCCUGGCCGCACAGGAAGGAGGCCUUAAAGAGGGCGAUUCAGUGCUAAAGAUCAAUAACAUCCCAGUUGAAACUCUUUCGUUGACCGAAGCGAAAAAACACAUUGAGAAAAACAAAGACAAGCUCCAUCUGGUGAUAACCAAGAAAAAACACGACUCAAAUCACAAACGCCAAAACAGCAGUCUCAAGGAGGAAGAGCUGGCGUUUAGUUACGGAGCUGUCAAGCGUCCCAUUGAAACGAACAACGUGAACAUCUACCACCCACUACCCCGGGCGGACAGUCUCUACAAGGGCAGCACGGUACAAGCUUUAGGCUCUGUCCCCAGCAUUCCAGCCUCUCGUGGUUACCAGGACUACCAGCCAGCCUCCGACUUUAACAACUAUGACGGUCAGUUGAGCUUUGAUCAAGAAGCCCCUCCACGUCCACCACUGCCCCCUGGUGUUGAAUCAGAUAUCCCGAGUCCUGCAGAGCCACGAAGGGACGGCUAUUUCAGCGACAAAGAGGACCCGUACAGCCAUCGCCGUGGCGAUCGCUACAGCAGCCAGAGAGACACACGGUUUGCAGAGACACCAAGAGAUAGCCGCGACAGGCUGCAGUCUGCUGAUUACAUGGACGGGCUGGACAGCAGGCAGCACCAAGAACGUUACAUUGAGAAACGUUCAGAUGUCAGAUCUGGCCGCCGGUUUGUUCAGUUUAAAAAAGACGAGGAGACAGGUUUAGGAUUGCGCCUUGCAGGUGGGAAUGCGACGGGAAUCUUCAUCGCAUCUGUGCAGACGGACAGCGCCGCAGAGGUGGAGGGUCUCGUGGAGGGGGAUCAAAUAUUAAAGGCUAAUGAGCGUGAUAUCACGGGCCUAACGAGGGAAGAGGCGGUCGUGUACCUGACCAGUCUGAAAGGGCUCGUCAGCAUGGUAGUACAGUACAGGAAGGAAGAAUACGAUCGUAUUAUGCUCAGUAAAGAAGCCGGCGACUCCUUCUUUAUCAGAACUCACUUUAACUACGUGUGCGAUGCGAAUGAGCCAGGGGAGAUGUCGUUCAAAACUGGUGAGAUCUUCCACGUCAAAGACACGCUUUUCCGUGGCGUUGUUGGCUCCUGGAUCGCACUCCGUGUAGAUAGGAAUUCCCAGGAGUCUCAAAAAGGCAUCAUUCCAAACAAAAACAGGGCUGAAGCUUUGGCUGCAAGUCAGAUCCCGAAUCACAGCGAGAAAGAAAACACACCCACACGGUCCAGGGGAAGCCUGUUUCGAAGGAAGGCGGGACGGAGAGCAAAGUCCCUAGGAAGAGAUCACUGGGAGGAUGUUAUCUUCUCGGAUCCCAGGGCAUCUCUGAACACAAAAUUUCCCGCCUAUGAACGAGUUGUGAACAAAAAUCCGGGAUUUGUGCGACCUGUCGUUAUUUUCGGUGCCCUUGCCGAUAUUGCGAGAACGAGACUUCUGAGGGACAGACCUGACCUGUUUGAGUCUGCCCAGGAUGAAGGCGGUUUCGAUGAGGAAUCCAAGAGAAGUAACUCUGGUAUUAUGAAGCUCGGGUCACUACGUAACAUUAUUUCCAAGGAGAGCACUGUCUACUUGAUGUAA